AAAUUAUAUUUUGUUUUGUUGUUGAUGAUGAUGAUAAUAAUGAUGAUGAUAAUGGCGAUGAAGACGACGAAGAAUGAUAAAGGAGGAAGCAACUGCACUCAGGCAAAAGAGAGGAACGGACUGGGUCCUUUUGCCACCAGGAAGUGGUGUGUCGUCAUCAUCCUGCUCAUGCUUUCCAGUUUGUGGUGGAGAAACGUGGAGGUCCGCAACGUGUAGAUGGACUAACAUUCUGUAAAUCUCACUGCAACAUCCAAGCCAUUUAUAAUGGAGUACAUGCAAGCUCCUGCUACAAGCAGCCAGGGGAACAUCCUGUGCUGCACCUGUGGCAUCCCCAUCCCCCCAAACCCAGCCAACAUGUGUGUGUCCUGCCUCAGAACCACAGUGGACAUCUCUGAGGGAAUCCCCAAGCAAGUCAAUCUGCACUUCUGCAAGCAGUGUGAACGGUACUUGCAGCCUCCAGCCUCCUGGGUGCAGUGUGCUCUGGAGUCCAGGGAACUGCUCGCCCUCUGCCUUAAAAAACUGAAGGGCAACAUGACCAAAGUGCGUCUGAUCGAUGCUGGAUUCCUGUGGACGGAACCCCACUCCAAGCGGAUCAAGUUGAAGGUGACCAUACAGAAAGAGGUGAUGAACGGAGCCAUCCUGCAGCAGGUGUUUGUGGUGGAGUUUGUCAUCCAGGGCCAAAUGUGUGACGACUGCCACCGUGUCGAGGCCAAGGACUUCUGGAACUCUGUGGUGCAAGUCAGACAGAAGACUUCUCACAAGAAGACGUUCUACUACCUGGAGCAGCUGAUUCUCAAGCACAAACUCCAUCAGAACGCACUCAACAUCAAAGAGAUCCAUGAUGGUAUUGAUUUCUACUAUGCCACCAAGCAGCAUGCUCAGAAGAUGGUUGAUUUCCUCCAGUGCACAGUCCCCUGCAGGUCGAAGACCUCCCAGCGCCUCAUCUCCCACGACAUCCACUCAAACACAUUCAACUACAAGAGCACCUACUCCAUUGAGAUUGUUCCUGUUUGCAAGGACAACGUGGUGUGUCUGUCGCCGCGUCUGGCUCAGAGCCUGGGGAACAUGGGCCAGGUGUGUGUGUGUGCCCGAGUCACCAGCACCAUCCACCUCAUCGACCCCAACACCCUGCAGAUCGCUGAGGUGGAUGGGGGCACAUACUGGCGCAACCCCUUCAGCAGCCUCGUUAGCCCACGGCAACUGGAGGAGUUCAUCGUCAUGGAUACUGAGGUCAUCAGGAACCAGAAGCUGGGGGCGGGAGCAGGCAUAAGGUCCAAUAAGCACACCCUGGCUGAGGUGUGGGUGCAGAAGACAUCAGAGAUGGACACAGCUCAGCAGUACCACUGUCGCACCCACCUGGGCCACCUGCUUAACAUAGGAGACAUGGUGCAGGGCUUUGACUUUGCCAAUUCCAAUGUUAAUGACGAGUUUCUGAACAAGAUGAACCCGAGUCAUAUUCCUGACGUGGUGCUGAUCAAGAAGAGCUACAACCGCAGCAAGAGGGUGAAGCGCAGGAACUGGAAGCUGAAGGAGAUGGACAAAGACAGAGAGGGCAUGGCGCCUGAAGAUGAGAGACAAUACCAGGACUUCCUAGAGGACCUGGAGGAAGACGAAGCCCUGAGAAAGAACGUCAACAUCUUCAGAGAUGCGUCUAAGAUCCCAGUGGAGAGUGACACGGAUGACGAGGGCGCUCCUCGGAUCUCUUUGAUGGAGAUGCUGGAGGACCUCAGCCUAACAGACGCCACCGGGGGAGAGGGAGCCGACAUGCUGACCGAAUAGACCAAUCGCCGGCUUACAUCCACGUAAUGACUGCUCAGACCAAUCAGGGUCUUACUAAUAUCGAUAUGAUGUUUGACUAGACAAAUGGGAAUCCUACUAAUAACAUGAGUGAUUAGUAGUCCAAUAAGAAUGGUAAUGCCACCCGUUGUCAGCUACCAUUGCAUACAGUCUCCCCCCAACAGCAGCCAAUCAGAAUGCUGCAGACUGGUCACUUCUGAGGUUGCUGAGUUAUUGAUGAGACCCUGCCCUUGUUUACCCUUCCCUGUCUCCAUAUUAGAGGCGGUGGUUUGUGGUGAUGUGGAAAUGAAGUGUUGUUCUAGUACAUCAAAUAAAACAAUCUGGUUACAA